UGACUUCCUUCUGCUGGGGCCAGGACCAAAAGCUGCUUUGCUUGCUGGGGAAGAGACAAGUGUGGAAAGCAGAGCAGUUCACACUGUGAAGGGCUGGAGAACAGAGGCUUCACCCUGUGGAGAAAGGAGGAGGAAAAUCCAAAAAGAGCAAGAGGUGUUUGCUGUAAAGAAAGGUAAGAGCUGAAAGACUUUCCUGUUUGACUUACUGACUCAGAGGCUGCUGCUCACAAACCAACAAACCCCGCAGGUGUGGCUGGUUGAGACACACUGGUUAUACCAGGCUGCUCGGACAUGUGUGCCUUGGGGAGAGGGGCAAAGUGAGGAAGAAUCUGUUUGCUGUCAGCUUGAAAGUUGGAGAGGGCAGGAGAGCUUCUCCUGCACCCUGGGACUGCUCAUGGCAGGAGAGACACCCGCCUCAGACUGCUCUCAUCUCAUUGACCACAGCCACGUCCAAGAGUUUGAGGUGGCUCUGGGGGUCAAGAUCACCCUGGCCUUAAUCUAUAUCUGCAUCUUUGUUGCGGGGCUCUUGGGCAACAGCAUCACCAUCAAAGUGACCCGGAUCCUGCAGAAGAAAGGCUACCUGCAGAAGGAGGUCACCGACCACAUGGUGAGCCUGGCCUGCUCCGACCUGCUGGUCAUCCUGCUGGGCAUGCCCGUGGAAUUCUUCAGCGCCAUCUGGAGCCCCUUCUCCACCCCCAAGGGCAACCUUGCCUGCAAGCUGUACAGCUUCCUCUUCGAGGCCUGCAGCUACGCCACGGUGCUGCACGUGGCCUCGCUCAGCCUCGAGCGCUACGUGGCCGUCUGCCACCCCUUCAGGUUCAAGGCCCUGGCCCGGGCCCGCACCGUCAAGCUGCUCAUCGCCUUCGUCUGGGGCACCUCUGUGCUGGUGGCCCUGCCCCUGCUCUUUGCCAUGGGCACAGAAUAUCCCCUGGAGGCCAUCGAGGGCUACCAGAGAGCCAGCUCCUGUGUCAAGCCCACGCCCAGGCACUACAUCCCCGAGCUGAAGCACAACAUGACCAUCUGCACCAACCUCUCCUCCAGGUGGGCUCUGUUCCAGGCCAGCGUCUUCAGCGCCUUUGCUGUGUACGUCGUGGUGCUGGGGUGUGUCACCUUCAUGUGCCACAGCAUGAUGAGGGCCCUGGCGGUGCACAAGGAGGGCACGGUGGCGGUGAAGGGCGCUCAGCACCAGGAGCGCUACCUGAGGAAAAGCGAGAGCUCCGAGGGCAAGAGCUCCAGGAGGCAGAUCACUCUAUUCCUGGGACUGAUCGUUGCGACGCUGGCGCUGUGCUGGAUGCCGAACCAGGUCAGACGGAUCAUGGCUGCUGCGAAGCCAAAGCAGGACUGGACCAAGCCCUACUUCAGGGCCUACAUCACCCUGCUCCCCAUCGCCGACAUCUUCUUCUACCUCAGCUCGGUGGUGAACCCGCUGCUGUACAACAUCUCGUCGCGGCAGUUCCGCAGCGCGUUCCUGCAGGUGCUGAGCUGCCGCCUGUCCCUGCAGCACGCCAACAGGGAGCGGCUCCUCCGGGCCACCCAGAGCCCCCCGGCGCGCCGCAGCCGCUCCCUGCGCCCGCUGCUCUUCGCAUCCUCCCGCCGCGCCUCUUCCACCAAGGGCAGCGCCAAAGUUUUCCUGAGCACCUUCCAGAAGGAGCCCACGGCCGGCUGCAGCCCAGGGGAGCCGGGUCCUGCCCCAGCAGAUCCCAGCGUGGAAGAGGUGACCCUGGAGACUGGCUCAGAGCCCGAGCCAGGCACACAGAACGGCCUUUGUGAGCAUCAGGUAUGACUUCACACGGCAAAGCUGACGCUUAGCAAUGAGCUUGAAAACGUGGGAAUUGAAAUGACCGAGGAAAGCGACAACAUCGCAAAAGGAAUAACACAGAUGGAUUUGUUUCCAGUUAUGCAAAGGGAACAGGAGUUCUGUAUCCUGCUGGGAUUUUCAAGUGCACACUGGAAAUUCAAUCUGCUAACUGAACUCAUUAGCUGACAAAAAUAUCAGCCCCUCUUCUCCACACAACCACUGAACUCCCCUUGCUGUUGACAGGGAUUUGGAAACAAACAGAAAAUAAUUGCAGCGUCCUUGAAGAAAGAAAGAUGCAGGACAAAUCGGGCCAGGGCAAAAAAAAAACAAAAAAAAAAACAAACAAACCAACUUGCUUGAAGUUUAGCAGUACAAAAACAACAGAGCAAAUUUAAGAAGCAGAAGAGUGGUUAUCAGGUGUGCUCUUGGCAGUACAGCAGAGUUGCCCCUCCUCUUGGGCCGGGGCCCGUUGCAGAGCGGGGUGUUGCAGCAGCUGAUGCAGACGGAGUUCACCUUGCCGGGGGAGCAGAAGGACUGGUACCCAGCAGAGGCGAUCAGGCACGCGGCCGACGAGGCGCAGGACUUGCGGUACAUGAUUCCUGAGACACAGAACAAGGUUACACUGGAGGGGAGCACUUCACAGCAGGAUUCCUUCUCAAAAGCAGCUGCAAACCCAGUUUACAUCCCCAAGGCACUGCUGGUGCUCAGGGCAGACACCUCAGCACUGACAGGACCAGCUGCCCGAGCACCGCGGUCGCUCUGCCUGGCAUUUCUCUGUAGCUCGAUUCUGGUGGGAACCAAAAAUAUUACAGACCUAAUUUGCAUAAUGUAGAUCAAAUGAUGCAUUUUAUAACUGGAACUCUUCAUCUUUCAAAAUAAACUGUUUGAAUAGCUAUAGCUGAAAUGCAAUUAGUGAGAAAAUUAGUUUUGUUUCUAUUGCUGAACAUGUCUGAGUUAAGGUGUCUAAGUAAUUACAGCUUUCUAUGCUCUUAAUUUGUCUUUUGAGAAUUUUUUUUUUCCUUUUCUUGUUCCUUUGCCACACACAGACAAGUAACCAAGAGUAAAAAGAGGAUGAUUAUCAGCAAAACUUUCAUCCUCCUCCCUCCCAUUAUAAUUUUUUUGAAGAAGAAUGAGUACUUUUCCAGGUAAUCUCAGUUCUUGUUUGUCUUUGAAGUUUAAUACCCUCAAUAACAAAAAUUUCCAUUUCUAUAGAAGUGUCUUUCUUGAGUUGAAAGUCUUCCCUUUUUGAAUGUAAUUUAAGGUAAUUUUAAUUAAUAAGCUAAUUUAUAAUUUCUCAGAUUAUUUUUGACUGAAAAAAGUAUGUACUUUUAGCUGUUAUUUUACCAUGGUUUAUAAAGGCUUUAAAAUA